CUGAGUCUUUCGGCUUUGGUGGAGGAGGAGGCGGCGGCUGCAAGGCUGCGAAUCCUGGGCUCUGAUCUAGGCCACAGAUUCCAGGAUUCCAUAGCAGGACCAUCUCUGAAGCCGGCCUGGGCAGGCAGGAGUCAGCAGAGUAGCUACAAUGACUUCAACGGUUCUGGUGGACAUCCGAGAUGAGGUGACCUGCCCCCUCUGCCUGCAGCUCCUGACAGAGCCCCUGAGCAUAGACUGUGGCCACAGCUUCUGCCAGGCUUGCAUCAUAGAGAAUAGUGAGGAAUCAGAGAUGGGCCAAGAAGGGGAGAGCAGCUGUCCCGUGUGCCAAACCAGCUACCAGCCCAGGAACCUCCGGCCUAAUCGGCACCUGGCCAACAUAGCGGAGCGGCUCAGAGAGGUAGUGUUGUGCCCGGGGAAGCAGCUGGAGGUAAUUCUUUGUAGACACCAUGGAGAGAAACUCCAGCUCUUCUGUAAAGAGGAUGGGAAGCUAAUUUGCUGGCUUUGUGAGCGUUCUCAGGAACACCGUGGUCACCAUACAUUUCUCAUGGAGGAGGUCGCCCAGGAAUACCAGGAGAUGUUCCAGGAGUCUCUGAAGAAGUUGAGAAAAGAGCAGCAGGAAGCUGAGAGGCUGAAAGCUGUUAUCAAAGAGAAGAGGGCAUCCUGGAAGAAUCAGAUGGAGCCUGAGAGACAGAGGAUCCAGACAGAGUUUAACCAGCUGCGAAGUAUCCUGGACAAAGAGGAACAGCGGGAACUGAAGAAGCUGGAGGAGGAAGAGAGGAAGGGGCUGAGCGUUAUAGAGAAAGCUGAAGGGGAGCUGAUCUACCAGAGCCAGUCACUGGAAGAGCUCAUCUCAGAUCUGGAGCAUCGAUGCCAGGGCUCAGUAAUGGAUCUGCUGCAGGAUGUGAGUGAUAUCAUACAAAGGAGUGAAUUCUGGACCCUGAGGAAGCCCCCUGCUCUGCCUACCAAGCUGAGAAGUAUGUUUCGAGCCCCAGAUCUGAAAAAGAUGCUGCGAGUGUUUCGAGAGCUGACAGAUGUCCAGAGCUACUGGGUGGACGUGACUAUGAAUCCCCACACGGCUAAUUUAAAUCUUGUCCUGUCAAAAAACCGGAGACAGGUGAGAUUCGUGGGUGCCAAGCUGUCUGAGCCCUCCUGUCUGGAAGAACAUCAUGACUGUAGCGUCCUGGGCUCUCAGCACUUCUCCUCAGGAAAAUACUACUGGGAAGUCGAUGUGACCAGGAAGACUGCCUGGAUCCUGGGGGUGUGCAGCAAUUCCUUGGAACCUGCAUUCUCUUGCAGCCAGUUUGCUAACAAACAGAAUGCCUAUUCCAGGUACCAACCCCAGACCGGAUACUGGGUGAUUGGGUUGCAGCAUAAACGUGAAUACAGAGCCUACGAGGAUGCUUCCACUUCCCUGCUCCUUUCUAUGACAGUGCCCCCUCGCCGCGUUGGAGUUUUCUUAGACUAUGAGGCUGGUACUGUCUCCUUUUAUAAUGUCACCAACCAUGGCUUGCCCAUCUACACCUUCUCUAAAUAUUAUUUUCCUACUGCCGUUUGUCCUUAUUUUAAUCCCUGCGACUGUGUAGUCCCGAUGACCCUGCGUCGCCCAAGCUCCUGAGCAGCCUGCUUCCCCCACCCACAGCUGAGUUAGUACCCUUCACCCUGCGGCUCAUCUGCAUGAGUCUCCUUUCUGAUCAGUCUUUGGCAUGCUGGCUCCUUUCCUGUUGAACAUACACCCAGUGGUGAUGGUGAACAUCCUUGACAGAUGUUAAAGUAGGUCGGGGGAGCUUUCAACAUUUUUCAUUAAGCAGACCUGGUAUUUGAAGGAAAGAUUUUUCACUGACACAUGAAGUCAAAUCUAAGAAAUUCUCUUCUUUUAACUGGGCAUAAGUUUUUGUACUGAAUGAAACAUUGAAUUCCACAGCUUUCCUGUAAUCAUUGAGAUAACUGUGUGUCAUUUUUAUUGUUCCUGAUAAGGAACAAUGAAUUCCUGAAAUAAAUUAUUAUUGUUAGAGGCAAAUAAAUAAUAUGUUAGGGGGGCUGGGGAUAUAGCACAGUUGGUAGAGUGCGUGCCUUGCAAGCACAAGGCCCUGGGUUUAAUCCCCAGCACUGCAAAAAAAAAAAAAAAAUGUUAUUAUUACUAACAUAUUGGCUUAGGUCUUGUUUUCAUCUGUUAUGAAAGCAUUUGGCCUGUAAUUUUAAGUCCUUGCAAUUUCUUUUUAAAAAUGCAAUAAUGAGCAAAGAAAUUAUUGUGUAAUUAAAUAUAGAAUCAAGUGCUAAAUACAAACCACUAUAAUUUCAGUGGCUUUAAAUUCAAAAUGAAGAAAAAGCUUGUGACUUCCUCCUGCCCUAUAACCUCUACGACAAACUUUAGACUUGACCUUAAAAUUUAAGGGUAAGCAAACAAAAAAUGAAAAAGAAAUGUAUCAUCCAAGUAAAUUGAAGUUAAAAAAAAUGUUUGGAGGAUGAUGAGAAGAAAAUGAUCAGUCCAAUACAGACUUUUCUCCUGGAAAGGGAGAAAAUAUAAUUAACACACUUUGGGGAAACAGGAUGACUUUUCUCCCACUUCUCCAUACCCCCUUUUUUUUUAUGCCCAGCACAAAUAGCAGGUAAAUGAGCCACUGUGACUUUGGUGGAGGGGGCGCCAUGUGCUUUCCUUUUUGUUUUUCCUUUAUUUUUUGUUUUUGCACUGAAUGUUUUCUAAGCCAACUAUAAACAUAUUGUGAGGUCAGUGUGAGGUUGGAAGCAAACAUCAAGCUGGCUGUCUAUCACUGCAGCCAGAGCCACCACCAGUGGCAUUUGAGCACCUUGCAUGUGACCAGUUUGGAUUGAAAUAUGCUGUAAGUGUAAAAUGCAUACUGGAUUUUGAUUAAAAAUAAUGUAAAAUAUCUUAUUAAAAGCCUUUAUAUUGUAUAUUGCAGUGAUUAUAUUUUGGAUA